ACCAAUAAGGUGAAACUGCAAAAGAUGGACUACAGCACUUCCACAGGUGUUGGGCACAAAUACAUCUGUCCUGUCUUCCCAACUCACCAGGUCUGCUGUUUCGGGGGAAGUUCCCCGCGGAAAGGUCGCCGUCUGGGACCCCGUCCCCUCAAGAAGGCGCCGGCGGCGAUGACGUCACUGGUGCUCAAGCGGUCCAGGGAGGACGUGAUGCAGCUGCUGGAGUGUCCCGUGUGCCUGACGGUGAUGACGCCGCCGAUACACAUGUGCGCCAACGGCCACGACGUCUGCCACAAGUGCUGGCAGCAGCUGACCAAGUGCCCCCUGUGCAAGGCCCGGCUGCUCAGCGCCAGGAACAUCGUGCUGGAGCAGCUGCUGGACGGAGCCGAGCUGCAGGACGCGCCCGGCCCGCUCGCCUGGGACGACUCCGUGGCGCCGUUCCGCGCCGACAGCUUCCGCUGCCUGGCGGGCGAGGGCGCCGCCUGCAGGUUCAGCUUCUCCGGCAACCGCCAGGACAUCCUGAGCCACGUGCGCGCGCAGCACAAGGACCUGUUCGUGCACAUGGGGCCGGACUCGAAGACGUUCGUGUGGCGGGAGAGCUCGACGCCGCCCUACCAGUGCCGCCUGGUGUUCUGCCAGGGCCAGAUCUUCUGGUUCCACAAGCGGUUCGACCGGCCGGGCGGCCGGGUGUGCGCCGCGCUGCGCUACGUCGGCGGCGGCGAGCGCGCGCGCGGCUACCAGUACAAGUACACCUUCUCGCUGCCGCCCGACAGCACGGCCGUGACGCGCCUGGCGCAGAGCUGCUCCGAGGACUCCUCCGCCAUCUUCGCGCGCGGCGACUGCGUCCUGCUCGACUACGCCAGUCUGCAGAAGUACGUGCGCGACGGGACCCUCACAACCACCCUCAAGAUCAAGAAGCUGAAGCAGUGAACCCCACUCUUCUGGCCCGCUUUUCUGUCAGAUCAGAAGAAAAAACUCCCGAGGCAGGCACGGAAAAAAAAUCCAUGCACGCGUGUUGUCGUGUCGAGUCUUUCCGUUGCUCGUUUCAAAGUUUUGUAAUCAUGUGCACUGACAGAUAGUUAAUACAAAAUUACUUGCAUUGUGAAUGUUUGAUGCAAAGUGAAUCAGUAACACAUCAAUAAAACAACUACCUCCUACUUC